UCCACUGUGACAAACAACUGUGCGACAUAAUCAAACUUGGUCAAUAUUUUAGGACACUGUUUUUUUAUCCUUCCGUAAUUUAUUCAUAGUUUUGUGUAAAAGUGGCAUCCAGAUGGAAUUACAAAGUGAACAAUUGGUGCCGAACAACUGCUGCUUCACCUGCCUACGCCGGUCGGACGAUUAUUUGCACAUCGUCAGCGGCGACGGCGAAACAUCGGAAUCGAAGCCAAUCGCCGAACUGUUGGUCAAACACUUUUGGUUCAAACAGGCCGAUUUUGUUAGCACCUCCCAAUCGGUGAUAUGCCAGAUCUGCUGGGCUCGGGUGGACGAAUUUCACCAAUUCUAUCUGGAGGUGGAACGGAACCACCGUGACGUGGAUCCGACAAAGGCUGAGGUCAAGCACGAGGUUUCCGGUUGCAGUGAGGACUUGGAUGUACCUCCGCCCGUUGAGGUGGUGGUCAAGAUCGAAAGCACCAACGAGGAAGAGCCGGAGCAGGACAGCGAGGAUGACGGCCAACCGGAUCGAAAUUCGGAGGACGAUGACCGGAGUGAGCAGCAGCCGCCGGAGGAGACGACGGUGGUGAUUGUCGAUCGAAAGCCGAAGCGGAAGUAUACGAAGCGGAUUAAAACGGAAAACCCGGUAGCCAAACCUAAGGGGACUUACCAGGUGAAGGAUGCGAAACAGCUGGCCGAGGAGGAUGAAAUCAUAAAGGCUCAUGUGAAGUACAUUUGCGAAAUAUGCGGCAUGAAUUGUCCGACGUUUACGCUGUUUCAGAAGCACUCGAAGGUUGCACACGAGAUUCAAGGUUGCAUCACUUGCUGUGGGACGCGUUAUCACAAAAAGGUCCGCCUGCUGGAGCACGUACAAAGGCUGCAGGAUCCAAAUUGUUUCAAGUGUGAUAUUUGCAAUAAAAGCUUCGUCAAUAGUCGUGGCAUUCGGAGACAUAAGGAGGAAAUGCACGUCCCAGAUGAACUGAGGAUCUACGGUUGCGAUCGAUGUCCGAAGCGCUUCACGAAGAAAAGUCAGCUGGCUUACCACCUGAAAGGGCACGACACAUUGGAUAACGAAUCGGCCAAGUGCCCACAAUGCGAGAGAACCUUCCAGACGGAGUCGCAACUGAAGGUGCACAUCAAGAUUCGCCACACGCGCCCCACCGACUUUAUCUGCGAUGUCUGCGCGAAAGGGUUCUACUCAAAAGCGGAAUUCCAGCGGCACAAGAAGCAGCACGAAAUGCGCCCGGAGGAGUUGCGAGUGCAGUGCGACAUCUGCCAGAUGUGGUUGAAGAAUGCGCUCUGCUGGCGGAAGCACUACCGCCGUCACAAUCAAGGUCCAACGGCGUGCGAUCUUUGUGGGCACAUCUCGCCGAACGCCACGGCAUUAACCAGCCACAAACGGCACCGGCACCGGACGGAACGGAAUCACACCUGCCAGGAGUGCGGCAAGCAGUUCAAGCGACCGCUUGGGCUGCGUGAGCACAUGGCUUCGCACACCGGGGAAGCACUGUACACGUGCAGCUUCUGCGAUAAGACGUUCAACUCGAAUGCGAAUAUGUUCUCCCAUCGGAAGAAGAUGCACCCGAAGGAGUGGCUGGAGCAGCGGACGGCACAACUGGAAGCGCAGCGAGGGGUGGCUCCGGCGAGUGUGCAAUAAGGGACGACAAUUGGUGAGUAUUUUUAUGUGUAUAGGUUUGUAUAAAAGCUGUAAAGGGGAGAUCGUAUUUUUGAUAGCUUCGAAAUCCUUCUGCUGGUCAAUUGUGUUCAGCAAAUUUCUUUUGCAAUUGCUCUGCCGAAAUCUUAGCCAAAAAAAAAAUCCCGGAAUUUGGUGAGUCUAUGAAGUGUGGUUGAGAAAGUAGAGAAGAAAUCUUUGAGGGCCGAAUUAACUAAUUAUUUGCUGCCGUAGAGCUCAUCUCUGUGUCUGCGGUAAAGUAGCAGGACGCGGAAGUUGUCCAUCUUCGUGGACCUUUCAAAAAGCAGAAACCGAGAGAUGCCCUGCUUUAGGACUUUUGAGUUUAAC